AUGGAGGCUCGAGUGUGUCAGCUGGCAGACGGUGUUCAGAGGCUGCUGCAGGCCGACAGGGAGGCUGGGGACAGGGGGCGGAGCCUUAGCCAGCAGACGCUGCAGCACCUGGAAACGCUGCACAGCCAACAGCUGCAGCUGCAGAGCCAGCUGCUGGAGUCGGCUCUCAAGAUAGUGACAGGCCACGCCCCUGUGACCUCCGUGACCUCUGAGCUCACAGCCUUGGGUCAGCCAGCCCAUCUGCAGGUCACACACCUGGACACUGCAGAAAACCAGCAGCGCAGCUCCUCGGCAACCAGAGCUGCUGCCGUCGCCACUGCUGCUGUGGAGACGGGCCCAGUUGCCAUAGCAACACCCAGCCGUGACCGAUGGCCAGAGCAAACCAGAGGUGACAGCCAUCACCGAGGUGCUCCCAGCGUUUCCACAGCAGCGAGGAGAGCCAACGAGGUGCUGAGGGAGAUGGGACGUCUGAAGACUGAGAUGAAGAUGCUGUUGACGCAGCCAGAAAACUCUCUGGAAACUACCAGGCCUCCACCAGACCACCACAAGGCCAAAGAUCUGCUUCAGUCCCAACAAAACCAGUCCCAACAAAACCAGUCCCAGCAAAUCCAGUCCCAACAAAACCAGUCCCAACAAAACCAGUCCCAACAAAUCCAGUCCCAACAAAACCAGUCCCAACAAAUCCAGUCCCAACAAUACCAGUCCCAACAAAACCAGUCCCAACAAAACCAGUCCCAACAAAUCCAUUCCCAACAAAACCAGUCCCUGCUUCAACGACCUCAGUUCCAUCGAAGCCAGUCCGAAACAAACCACUUCCAGUCUCAACAAAAUCAACACCAGCAAAACCCGCUUCAGUACCUACAAUCCCAGUCACAACAAAACCACCUCCAGGCCCAGCAAAACGAGUCCCUGCUUCAACGACCUCAGUUCCAUCGAAGCCAGUCCGAAACAAACAACUUCCAGUCCCAACAAAAUCAGUCCCAGAUCCAACGACCUCAGCCUCAUCAAAACCAGUCACAACCAAACAAUUUCCAGUCCCAACAAUCCCAAUCCCAACAAAUCCAGUCCCAUCAAAAUCCAGCCAAGUUCCAUUCCAAGUCCGUGCAGGUCCAGAGGAGGCCUGUGGUUCCGUCCAUGUUGGAGGAGGCGGGUCAGGUUCUCCGCCAGGUUCGGAGACAGAAGAAGGUUCUGGAGGAGAACCUGGAGGCGCUGCUGAGAGCCAAGACAGGAGAAGUCCUACACUGCCAACUGGAGGCACUGGCUGCUAACAGAGACUCGACCGAGGAGGUCCGGAUCAAGAAGACUGUGGACGCCUGGAUCAGCACUUUAUCCAAAGACGUGCAGGCUGAGACGUCCUCUGAGGAUGCUGUGGUGACAUCACAGCUGGUGGCUGCUGGGAGCUCCGCCCACUCAGGGAGAGGGAGGCCACUGAGCGCGCUCAGAGGGAGAGGAGGCCGAGGGCCGAGAGCUCGACACAGAGUGGUGCAGGGGGCGGAGCCUGGCAGCACAGUCCCAGGUGUGCCGACAGACAGUGAAAAGGGGGAGGGAGAGUCGUACCUGACACAUCUGUACGGCAGAGCUCCUUAUGAAGGUCUGAGACGAACUCUGAAGAAGAGUCCGUACCUGCGCUUCAGCUCACCUGUGUCACCGCCCAGCAGGAAGCCCCGCCCCUGCCUGGUGGAGAGCGUCAGAGGUGUGAAGGUGAAGUCCUGUAAGACUCAGACCAGCUUGGCUCCUCCACUCAGUCCAUCACCCGGACGACCUCAUCAUCGCCUUGUCUUCGGCUCCUCCCACAUGGCCUCUAGUGACCCCGCUGACUCUUAUUCUGUUCCCAUGGCGAUCCCACUGGGUCGUCGCAGGAUGGAUUCUUCCUCCAGGUGUUUUACUGAGCGUCUGCAGGAAGUGACAUCUCCACCUGCACCUCCUCCCACUUCUGGUGCAGUUGCCAUGGUGGCUGGAGCACCUGAGCGACAGUCACAGAGGGAGGAGCAGCUGGAUGCAAGUGAAGCUCCUCCUCCAUCACACAUCAUCAUUGAGACGAAGAGCGAGGAAGAGGAGGAUGAGGAGAACGUCUUCCCUGGAACUGACUUCCUGUCUGCAGCUGAUGUCGUCCAGGAGGAGGUGAGUGUGGUGGGUGAGGAGGCUGUGGAGUUGGACGGGGGUCUGUCUCCUCCUCCGGUCCUGUACCAGGGUCCUGUCUUCCCUCCCCAGGCCCGUUCUGCCCUCCCUGCCCAGGGUCAGACCUCCAUCCUGGACACCGACAACCAGAGAGACGCCCUGGAGAACCGGCUGGUAGAAUGGGUGGAGCAGCAGCUGAUGUCCAGGAUGAUCUCAGAGAUGUACCGCCCCCCUCCCUCUGACCCCGCCCAGAAUGUUUCCACAGACCAAUCAGAGCUUGAGGAGCGGAGCGUCACCUCAGACAUAGUGGAGGCUGCAGGGGGCGGAGGUCUGCAGCUGUUUGUGGACUCCAGAGUGUCGGUGGACUCGGCUCUGAUCCGGCAGCUGGUUAAUGAGGUUCUGACAGAGAUUGUGGUUCUGAUGCUGGGACAGAGAGACGCACUGGACACGGGACCAGGACCAGGACUGGGACCACCAAAACCAGAACCAGCAAGAGAUCAGGAGGACAAACUGGUUCCUCUGGUUCCUACGCCAGUGCCGACCCCUCCACCCACUCUGACCCCGCCCACCGGACAGACCACGCCCCCUACAACACCCCCUCCAUCUGAACCGACCAGUCUGCUGAACGAGGAGUCUCCUCAGCCAAUCACAGCGCCAGAGCUUGUGAUCACACCCACACCCAGUCCAGACCCCGCCCCCUCCGCAGGAAGUCCACCUGCCCUUCAUCAAGUGCCGUGCGCUCUGACCUGGGGAGAUGCUGAGCUGCCAUUGGACGAGGAGAGACCAGAGGAACACUUGGCGUCCCCCUCCAGCUCCUCAGGCGACUCCAGCAGCAGCAGCAGCUCCAGCUCCAGCAGCAGCACAGUGACUGCAGCACUGAAACACAUCUCAGAGGGAGAACUGCUCAUCAGCGUCAACCAGCUGGCUGCCAUGACAGAGGACGAGGUCGUCUGCAGUUUCUCCAGCUCUCUGCAGGAGCUGCAGGACAUGGACUAUGACCCCCCCAGUGAAGGGCAGGUCAGAGGUCACGACCUCCUGCUGACCCUGCUGACCAAAAUGGAGCAGGGAGUCACACACCAAGGAGAAAGACCACAACCAGAGGGCUCCUGGGGGAGGGAGGACCAGGAUCAGGAGGAGGAGGUGAGUGCAGGAGAGGUGAGAGACGAUGUGACUACAAAACCUCUCAGGACUACAAAUCCCAGAAGCUACAGUAAGAGUACGGCAGCCCGGCAGGGUCAAACCUCCUCACCUGGACAAAUCAGUCAGUGUGCAGACGUGUCAGAGCUCAGUCUUGACGCGACCAAUCAGGGCUCAGUUACCAUGGGCGACCUGAUGAUGGAGCCACAGGACCGCAGGUAG